GCCGUUGAUUCCCGCUAAUCAAUAAACCUCAAUCAACGCUUCCCUUGUACGGUCAACAAUUUUCCCUUUCUUUUUGCCCCUAUUCAAUUUUGUUUAGGGUUUCUUCUUUUUUGCCCCCUUCUCCUGUAUAAAAACACUUGUAAAUUCAGAGCAAACAAGCUGCACAGAGAGCUAGAAUUUUUUGUUUUAAUCAUUCAGUGAUGGAGCCUCGAGUGGCCAAUAAGUUUCGACUCGGCCGGAAGAUCGGCAGUGGAUCCUUCGGAGAGAUUUAUCUGGGUACUAAUAUUCAAACGAACGAGGUGGUCGCAAUUAAGUUGGAAAACGUUAAGACAAAGCAUCCUCAAUUGCUGUAUGAAUCAAAAUUAUAUAAGAUGCUACAGGGAGGAACUGGAAUUCCAAAUGUUAAAUGGUUUGGUAUUGAAGGGGACUACAAUGUCCUUGUUAUGGAUUUACUGGGGCCUAGCCUCGAGGAUUUAUUCAACUUCUGCCGUAGGAAGUUGUCACUGAAGACUGUUCUUAUGCUUGCAGACCAGAUGUUAAAUAGGAUUGAAUUUGUUCAUUCCAAGUUAUUUCUACAUCGAGAUAUCAAACCAGACAACUUUCUGAUGGGCUUAGGACAGCAUGUGAAUGGGGUCUACAUCAUUGAUUUUGGUCUGGCUAAGAAGUAUAGAGAUACCACAACACAACAGCAUAUUCCUUAUAGAGAAAAUAAGAAUUUAACAGGAACCGCAAGAUAUGCAAGCAUGAACACUCACCUUGGUAUUGAACAAAGCCGGAGGGAUGAUUUAGAGUCACUUGGAUACGUUUUUAUGUACUUCUUAAGGGGAAGCCUUCCCUGGCAGGGUCUGAAAGCUGGAACAAAGAAGCAAAAGUAUGAGAAGAUUUGUGAAAAGAAAGUAUCAACUUCUAUUGAGGUGCUGUGUCAAGGUUAUCCUACAGAAUUUGCAUCCUACUUCCAUUAUUGUCGGGCACUUUGUUUUGAUGAAAAACCAGAUUAUGCUUAUCUUAGGCGCCUAUUUCAUGACCUUUUUAUUCGUGAAGGUUUCCAGUUUGAUGAUGUGUUUGAUUGGACAAUGAAGUUUUGGCAAUCAAAAAAUUCCAAUCUGCCUCCCCAUGCACUUGGUGCUGGACCAAGUUCUGGCAUUCCUCUUGCAGGUGCUGUUGUGGAUAGGCAAUCAGGUGGAGAAGAAGGUAGACCUACUGGUUUUUCAUCAAUCCUUUCAACUCGUAGAACUUACUCUGGACCAACUGUAAAUUCUGGAAUCUUAGCUAAAGAAAAAGGUCCAGUGGCAAACGAUCCACCUCUUGGUAAAGAUGCUAUGGUGAGUAGAGUGAUUAUCCCAUUGCAUUUACUUCCUGGCAAUGCUAUUGCAUAUAAACUGAUUUCAGACUGCCUCAUCACCACUGAAGUUUUAAUAUUAAUUUUAAAUUAUGUCAUAGCAAGGACCACAUACCGUCGAUUAAUGUUGUAGCUACUAGUAUUGGUGCUGGUAUGUAUACUUAUAUUUGGUUCGUUCAGUUUCUGAAGACCAGUAAAUUUGGUAGAAGCCAUUGGUUUUAAAAGAAUUCUUGGCAGUUUUUGCUUUUCUAGUAAAUCUGCAGUCUGUUCUGCUAUCUGAUUCUCCCCUCCUAAUUCCCAUGCUUUUGCUGUCUUAUUAUUUGGAUUGCAUAUCUGUAAUGUGUACUCUGACUUGUGCAGUUAUCCAGUUCCAGCUUUUUGAGGAAUAUUGGAUCUUCAAGGCAAGCUGCUGCCUCUAGCAGUGCAGCAAUAAUGGGAACUAAUUCAGACCCCCAUCUUCCUUACAUCUCUGAUACUAGUGGGCAAAGAACCUCACCUGUACCAUCAUCAGACAACAGGCACUUGUCUUCAAGUAGAAACACAUCAAACAUAAAGAACUUUGAGUCCACUCUUAGGGGCAUUGAAAGCCUGCAUUUCAGUAAUGACAAGAGGUUACACUAUUAGCAGACAAUGACCUUAAAUUCUUGUCUCCUGUAUAUUUUACAAAGGUAUGCUUUUUUAUCCCCUCAGAGUGGAAUAUGUUUGUGUUGUGUUUAUAGAGAAGUCCUAAGUCUGAAAAGUUAACUACAACUCUGGAAGUUGGGGGAACUGAAACCUUACUGUAAGUGCUAACAAGGAGAUACUGGAAGAAUUAGAUCCCCAACAAAAUCAACCUAGGUCCAGUGAUUUUAUUGUAAGUACCUAGGUAGACCGGUUUCUAUCAAAAUACAGUUUUACAUGCCUUUCUUAUUCACAGUUAAUUCCCUUAUAUCAUGUACAGCAUCAUGUUAAUGCUCAAUUAAUAGUUCAAAACUAUGUAAGCUCAAAAUCAUUUUCAA